GUUAGGACUACUUAGGUAUUGGGCAUUGGAUUGCAGCGCACUUUUCAGUUUUUCUGCGUUGCACGAUUUUGUCUACUUUCAGUGUUACCCUCUGCCCAUACUUUCAUCUUGAGAAGUAACAAAGGUUGGAGGGAUGAUAGAACCAUCGUCUUCAGGAUGGGAAGUUUUUAAAGAGCCCAAGGGUUUUAUAAAAAUCAUUGAAGUUCUUAUAGCAAUCUUUGCGUUUGCAACGACGUGUGACUUCUCGACCAAUGUCCAGCUAAAGUAUAAAUGUUCGGGUAACGGAUCAUAUGAGAAUUGGAGUGUCAAAUUUACAUACCCUUUCAAUAUUGACUCCAUCGUGCUGCCUCGAUGCAUUGCUAUGGAGAGUAAACAUAUGUAUGGGAAUUUCGCUCCAGCAGCACAGUUUUAUGUGUUUGUUGGUGUCCUGACUAUGAUUUUCUGCGUUGCUAUGGGCAUCUAUUAUGUCUAUUUUCAUGAUCGCUAUUUCACUGACUCACGGUUUAGUAAAUACGAAUUCAUCUUCUCGAUUGUCAUUGUUCUGUUAUGGUUUAUCGCCUCUUGUGCAUGGGCCGAUAAUGUGAACCAGUUUAAAACGUACACGUCAGCAAGUCGGAUCUGCAAUGAAGUGGGACCUAAUGUUCAUUGCGAAGCUGAGGAACAAGCUACCUAUGGGGGACUUAACGUUUCUCUGAUAUUUGGGUUUACCAAUGUUGCUCUAUGGGCAGCUGGUUUAUGGUUCAUAUGGAAAGAAACUCCAUGGUCUGGAAAUAAUUCUCUACUUGGGCCAGAAAAUAUCGCUACUGCUGCCGAUGGGUCUCAAAUGUAGUGCGCACUCCAACAAGUCUCCAUGUACUGUUCUUUCAAGAAUUAGAUCAACUACAUUAUUUUGUGUGAUGAUAAUGAGACAAACUCACUUGUAAAUCACUCAUUUAUCAGUUGUUAUUUCUAUCCAUAUGUUUUCCCAUUUAAAUCGAAGCUAACAAACGAAAUAGUGCAUUUUGUUUGUUUCAUUACUAUAAGAUUACUGCUUCCAUUCAUAAAUUGUUCAUGACUAUGUCGAUAAUUAUGUUACGGCACCAGUGUUUUUGAACUGAACAUUUUCUUAGUUCAAAUUUCAUUUUCUGUCAUAUCAUUUUUCCUAAAUACAUUAUUCAGGUAACAUUGUCCCGCUUUUUUGUCAUGUCUUUAUUUUGUUAAAGGUGAUUAUAGUUUUGUUGUUGUAAUCGCUAAUCAAUCACAUACACCGUUUGUAUAUCAUAAUAAAUCAAACACAAUUCA